UCUGAAAAGGAUGCUCACCCCACUUUUAUUCGAGUGAUUCCCCCUGACACCUACCACAUCAAGGCUCUCCUCUACUUCCUGAAAAUGAACAGGUGGUUCCAUUACUCCGUGCUGGUCGAGGAUGACGAGCAGGGCCGGUCUUCCCUCAAAGUGCUCAGGGGUUACGCCAGCAAGUAUGGCAUGUGCAUCUGCACCAUCAUCAAAGUCUCAGAGCUGGCAGACUACGAGAGCACGAUCCAAACGCUCCUCGGGUGCAGCGCCAAGGUCGUCGUGGUCAUGAUAUCAAAGGAAUCCGCCAAAGUUCUCGUAGACGCGAUCGAGUCGUACGGGGCCGCGGGCAAGCUCCUGUGGAUUGGCAACGACAACUGGUUGGAGCACAUGUAUUUCACCAAGCCCAUGGAAGGACUCAUAGUCGUAUCCCCAAGCUCAAUCGACCUCCCGGGUUUUGUUGACUACUACAAACAGUUGGGUAUCACAAACAAAAAUCCGUGGUUCAGGAAGGCUUUUGAAAUUCUGCUGGAGUGUACAAACAACGCUUGCAUGCGGAAAUACUUGUCAAUAGUCGCCGGAAAGCUGACACUGUCCAACGCUGAUAUUUAUGACUCGGUAAUGAUUUACGCCAGAGCUUUACACACGAUGCUUCACGAGAAAUGCCCGAAAUUUGUUUCUCAGGGCAACACUUCGGAAACAAAGAAAUGCUUCAAAGCCAAUUGGGUUACUUUGACGGCGUAUCUCAAGAAAGUUAGCUUCAAAGGUGCAUCGGGACACAUAUCGAUAGACAGCAAAGGUAACAAGCUCUCAGAGAUAUACGUCUACCAGACAGUUAAAGACGACGUCAUCGCCCAAGUGCCAAAAGAAGAAAAAUUUGCCAUUUACCACAAUAUGCCUUCCAAAGUGGUCAAAGUGGCCAAGUAUGACAUUCCGAACGAUAAGAUUUAUCCACUGCACCAGAUAACAUACUCAUCAUUUAAUUUUAAUUUGCAAGAGCUUUUCAUAGAAGCCAAAUGUAAGGCCCCAUGCGCAGCCAAUGAGUACAAGCACUAUAUCCGGAAAUGUUGCUGGAUCUGCAAACGGUGCCAGGACAAUGAGCGCGUCAGUGAGAACGACACUGCCUGCCAGAAAUGCCCUUAUUUGGAAUGGCCGGCGAUGAACAAUCUCAAACUGAGUACAUGCAAGGAGAUAACGGCCGUGACCUUUGACUGGACGUCUCCAGUGACAUUCUCACUACUUAUCAUGGCCGGCUUGGGCAUCUUCAUGGUGCUGUGCAUACUCAUAACCCUUUGGGUUAUCUACAGGCCGAAAAUGUUAGAUUUUGGGAGUUUCUCGGUGAAUAUUGUCCAGCUGCUGGCCAUCAUCUGGGGCUAUGUUGCUAUCCCCAUGCUCCUGCUGAGACCUUCCGUCUUGAAUUGCAACGCCGGGCUUAUCCUUUUCGAGAUCAGCUUCAACGUAGUGUAUUUGUCGUUGCUGAUCCAAUCCGUGGACGUCUACAGAAACUGUAGGAGAAUCAUCGAGCCGUAUGAACUAGAGUACACCAGUACCCCGUAUCAGAUUGGCUUCAUCAUUGUGCUGCUCACUAUUGAGGUAAGGGUCACUUAUCCAAUUUGUUUUAUGGUUUAACUGUUAACUGUGCAUUUAAGAACAUUGGAAAAUAACCGCACCCAACAGCAAUAAACACAACAUAAACAUUCAUUUCUUUUAGCUUCACUGUAAACAAAGGCUAUGGCGUGUAAUUUUGUUUCUUCCUGACAAGUUAAUAUACAUAAGAAAUACUAGAAAUAAACCACUAAACAGUUGCGGCGGUAUACCGCGAACUUCCCAGUAUGCUUAGGUUACUUGAUAAAAUAAGCAUUCAAGUAACGCACUUUAUAAGUAUCCCAAUUAGUACCAACUUCUGGGAAAUUUUAUUUUGAGCACGGCGUUGCAGCCAUGCAUACACACCUAGAAAAGUAUUAUUUGUGAUUUCAUUGAACCGUUGCCAAGUCAGAAAGCAUUCCUCUACUCGGCAGGGUCUCACCAUGGCUUUCAUACACUACCACUUCCCCAUCAUUCCACUGGAGUUUCAACCGGUGGCGAGCAUCAAGUACGCGGAGCUCAUCUGUGAGAUCCCCACACCGCACAUCAUCGCCUUCCUCAUCUUUAACGUCGGCGUUCUGCUGCUCUGCUCCAUCUUCGCUCUCAAGUCCCAGAACGAUCCGUACGGCUUACAGCAGAGCCGGCUGGUCGCCAUGUUUGUAGUGCUGGCCAUGAUCAUGUGGAUCGCCUUCAUGCCGGCGUACUUCACGUCAGUCCACAAGCAGAUGCAGACGUACUUCCGCAUCAUGGCCAUUUUAUUCAACCAUUCGAGUGCUCUGGUCGUCAACUUUUCCCCGUUCGUCUUUGGUCUCAUCUACAAGAAGUACCCCGACAGCAGACGGCCGAGUUACCACAGUUCCUCACUGUCAUCGGGUCACAGCGGAAUGAGGAAAAAAUCCACGUACCCCAGCCUUACCAGGCCCAAAUACGAACACAGGAAGUCGACUGUAAAGUUUGAGGACAACCUGACGAGUUCUCACAAAAUUUCCCCCCAACCCACAGAUGGCUCAAGGGAAGCAGACGGCGAGGGGCCGUCAACGGCGGUAUGAAGAUUUUAAUAGGCA